AUGGCGCCAAGUGAAGCAUCGUCGCCCGUGUCCACCGGCGCGCUGUACGUGCCCAAAGCGCAUCCCCUCCAUGCACAGACUGCGUGGGGAUGUGCCAUCACGCGCAAGACAUCGCUGCUCUUGCCUGGCGAGACUCGACUCAAGUCCGACGAGGCGCUGUCGCAAGAGUUCUUUGAGUCCAUCAUCGACAGCGCACCGACGGCUGCCGAUCAAAAGGAUCGAGAAUAUCUCGUCACCCAACUCAUGCCAUGUCUCGUUCCAGCGUUGACGAGUUUGCUCCGCGCGGAAGACGAUGUCCAGAUGAGAAAGAGCCGCGGGGAGAACGUGCUUAGCAUCAAGCCGCUGGACUACCUCGCCAAGUACUUAUAUCGCCACAACCCCCGGCACGCGGAACCUUCGGACGAAACCAAGAUGUUGCAGCGCUUAGCCAAGAAACUCGUGGGAUAA